UCACCCUCGCUGACAACACCGAGUCUUCCAUGGACGACGGAGUAGCACGCCCUUAACUUGACCUUCUCUUCCAUCCAUUUUUCUUGCUUCUUUUCAUCCAUGUCCCUCCCAUCUUCACCCCACGACUCCCCGAAGAUUCAGAACAUGGACCUUGCCGUCGAACUGAAGACGAACGGGGAUCUCUCUCGUAUACGUUCUCAUCGAGGGAACGCCCCCACAUUGCCACAAACCAAUCAUUGUCCUCUUUGUCCCGCCAAGUUUACGAGAACGACGCACUUGCAUCGGCACUUUCGUUCACAUACCAAUGAACGUGCACAUCGAUGCGAGUUGUGCGGCGCCGAGUUCACUAGAAGCGAUCUUCUGACUAGGCACAAGAGGACAUGCGGCGACCCACUCAUCACCCAUCGGUCUCGACGAAAGUCUUGCCAGGCCUGUGCAGAUUCCAAAGUGAAGUGCAAUCUCGAGAACCCCUGCUCGAAGUGCAUUUCUCGCGGAAAGAAAUGUGUCUACGUAAACGAUCCGGCCAUCUCGCGCGACAAGAAGAAUAACGCCAAGAAACGUCGUCUUAAGAGACCCGUUCAGACAAUGCCGGCUGAAGGCUCACCAGAAUUGUCUUCAUCACCUACCUUUUCGUCAGAUUCACUUCCAUCUCCUCGCGACAGCGACAUAUCGCCUGCGUUACACUCUGCCCUGUCCUUAUCAGCCGACGCGUCGUCAUUUUCCUCGCCCGCCUCGUUAAAUUCUUCCUCGCUGUCCGAUAUUUUUGAUGCUGUGAUCAAAGAUGCAGUCACUAUUACUGAUGGUAAUGGUGAACUGCAUGAUUCUACGGAAAAACUAUUCUCCAAUGGCGUACUCGAUUACUUCCUCGAUAAAUAUCCCUUCUCUGCGCCGCAACCAUCACCUGAAUUCCCAUGGCAUGAAGGUAACGGUACAUCCGGGUUAAAUAGCGACUAUUUUUCCUUCAUGCCGUCCUCCCUCAGCCCCAUUUCUAUUCCUACCCCCUCGGAUUACGAAUCGUCAUUAUCCUUUAUCUCUAAUCCUUCACCUCCCUAUACGGCAUCAUCGGAGUGUUCAGAAGCUAUUGGCAGCGCUCAGCCGCUCGAUACAGAAAAUCAGCAAUACCUAUAUCUGUUCUUCUCGGCGUUUUGUACACAAAUACCACUCGUUCACCAGGGUUCGUGGACGAUAGAAGAUAAACCACCGGUCCUCAUUCGUGCGAUGCAAGCAUGCGGUGCUCUCUUCCUCAAAACGCGUCGGGCCGCCAAUUUCAUUACCGAAACUUUAUCUUCAACACGGGAUGCCCUCAUCCAGGAAUUUACUAAAGUUACAAGUAAUCCCAAGGAGCAGGGUUUCCUAAUACUUGCCGUCGUAUUACUCCAGACUAUUGGUCUAUUUCACCAGCGUCCUGAAUUUCGAGUUUCGUCGAAUGUCUACCAUGGGAUGUUAGUUAUGAUGAUCCGCCGGACAGAAUCUAUCUCUCGCUCACGCUCCUGGACAGUUAACGAUUUGAAUGAUCCCCUUAUUUUGGAAGAAACUUGGCGGGACUGGGCACUUCAGGAGACUGUGAAACGAGCGCUAUUACUCUCGUAUCUCCACGAUUGCUGUCAUUCUGUCUUUUUCUCGAUGCGCCCAUCGUUUCAAACGGAAGAAUUCGACAUGAAUCUUCCGUGCGAUGAUGCGUUAUGGAAGGCGCAAAAUGCCGCGGAAUGGAUCGGUCUGCUACAGAAACCGUCACCAUACGGAAUGGGAUCAACCAGAUUGUACGGUGUCGGGAUGCAGCAAGCCUUAACUAGCCUCGGCGAGAUGCGAUUUCCGACUCCACCAACGCCCUUGAAUCCAUUUUCGCAAUUUAUUCUGAUCCAUACAAUCCUCCGUAACAUUUAUUGCUCCCACACGACGGGCGAUAAUGAUGCAGCGUCUUCUUCGUCACCCGAGCCUACCGGUAACGAGGACCGUCGAGGGAGCCAGUUCGCAAACCAAUAUACGCUGACAAAUUGGCUUCGCAUGUGGAUGUCGUGUCCAGAUGCGAUGAACUCGGAAGAGGGGAAGGAUGGUGAUGAUGAGCCACCUUUUGCGCAAAAUGCUCUUCCGUUCUAUUGGCUGGCGCAAAUUUCAUUGUUAUCUAUCCAAGAGGGUGUGCCUUCUUGGUCUGAAGGAGCCUCCGAGAGCAGGUUUCAUGUUAUGAAGGAGUGGCUGGAUCGUAUUCGGUUCUUUUUGCGGAAGCAAAAAGAAAUUCCUCCUCACCUUUGGGAUGAGUUGAUGGUGAUUCGCCGUCAAGUAUCGCAGGUUGAGAUGUCCACAUUGGAAGACCAUCCUAACGGUCUACUUUCUUUCUUUCCCGAGCAUUAACUAUUUUUGGCAAGUCAUUUUUUACUGGUAUGCAUCUAGACAAACGCUGCUG